AUGGGACCAGUUCUUAAGACAAGACUAGAAAAGGAUAAUAAAAGGUUUAACGCAUAUUUUAAAGUGAGAAAAAAGAGUAAAGAGCAGCCGGCAGAUGAAAAUGUUGAUGGUUUGCUUAAGAACGCGGUUGGAGGAGUUGUUGCUAAGAUCAUAUCAACGGUUAAUUGGACUUAUAUGUCUAUCUUUGGUAAAACGGGGUCGGAAGAAUGGGAAAGAGAUAAAGAAGAAUUUGAAGGAAAUGAAUCGGGAGAUAAGAGGGUUACGGGGGAAGAACGUAUGUUAUGUGAGUCACGGACGCCAUAUUUGCUUGGAUAUACGCCACAUACAGUACGUGUGCAACAUUUUAGGGAAAAAGAGGGUCAAAAAGGAUAUAAAAACGAAGGGUAUAUAGAGGAUAUUGUAUUAGAAGGGUUUAUUAAUGAACCCAGUGUAUCAAAUGAAUUUUUUGUAAAUAGACAGGGACAAUUUGGAUCAAAUAAUUUUGGAGAGGAUAGAAGGGAAUUUGAAAAAACACAAAGCUCUGGUUAUGUUAAGAAAGAAGGAGUUUUAGAAUCGUAUUUAGGAUAUGGAUCAGAAAAAAAUUUAUCAAAUGUUAAAAAUACUAAAAUUUCUCCAUGUCAUUUGUAUUCUGAAACAAGAAAUUUUAAAAAACAGCAGAAAAAGAAUGUUUUAAAUAAUUAUUUGACAUUUGAUUGUGUUCAAUUGCCAAAAAAUUCAUCUACAGGAAUUCUUACAGCAUGGCGUGAAAUUUGUCGGCAGGAAAUAUUAUUAAAAAACAAUAUGACAGAACAGCAACUUCAUAAAAGUAAAUUGAUGUAUAUGAAUCAAGAGAUGCCAGUAAGAAAUUUAAAUACUAAUGUACAAACAAGAACGUUUGGUACGGAAUUUGAUAAUAUGGCAUUUAAUUGUAUCAAAAAAGAAAGGAAGUUAAUUCAAAUACCAGAAAGAAGGAAAAAUCAUUAUAAUAGAUUUAACAAUGCAAAGCAUAAUUCAGUGUGCAGUAUAAAUAAUUUUAAAACAAAUAAUAUUGAAGAUUUAAGAACAUCGGAAAAUAUAAAACAAAGAAAGACGUCCGAAAAUUGUGAAAUUCCGAGUUAUAGUGAUAUACAAAAAACAGAAAUAAGCCAUAGACGAAGUAAAUCAUAUAGUCUUUUAUUGUCAAAUAGUAAAAAGAAUUUAUUGCAAAAAGAGAAAUCGGAUGGUCAAUCAGUUAAUGUCACGGCAAAACAUCAAAAAGUUCAAGCUAUAGAAGAUAAGUCAAUUUCAUACCACAAUGCUCAAAAAAAUAAUGAUUCUGAAAAUAUCAAGAAUAAAAGUAAUUUAGAAUCAAAUAAGAAUCCUAAUUUAUCUUUAUGUGAAUCUAAUUCUCAAAACCAUUCUUUUUUUGUAAAUAAUCAGGUUAAACGGAAGAGACCUGGCUAUUUUUCAGCAUUAGAAGAGGAUUUAGAAGAGAUGUUUGGUCCUUAUAAUGACAUAGAUGAUACCACAAUAUUAUUUAAAAAGAGGAAAAAUAAAGAUGAAACAAAUCAAGUAGAUUAUAAAGAAUCUGUGUGCGAUUCACAAAAACGUAAUUCAGACUAUCAACAACCAUAUUUUCGUCCACGAGUACCACUUUUGAAAAAACAUGUUAGUGUCGAUACAACUGAAUCGCAGUGCUCAAGCAUAGAUGAUUCGGAAAAAUCAAUUUCAUCAGAAUCAUCUUUAAAAAUUAAACAAACAUCUUCUAAUAAACAUAAUAUUGGUGAUUCUAAAUUGAGUUCAGAACAAAAAAAUUCUAAUUUUGUAUUUCCUAUUGAAAAAAAUAAUGAUGAUGAAUCCAAAAUACAGCGAUUUAAUACAAAUGCUACAUGCAUGACAUUAAAAAAGGAUGGAUUAGAUCAGCAGAAAGAUUCAGGGUCUGAUAAUUUUACAAUUUCAAAAGAGCAAGAUCCUAAUACUAUAAAAUCUCAACAUAGCUCAGAUCAUACAAAUAAUAUUUCAUUUUUGUCUAAUAUUGAUAAAGAGAAUCAUACUGUUGAGAAGAAAAUAGAGAAAUCUAUUUUUAACUCAAAUCAGCAAUUUUCUUUUGAUAUAAAUGUACAAAAAAAUCAUGAUUCUUCAAAUAACGAAAAGGCGGAGAUAAAAACUAUUACACCUAUUCAAUUCUCUGGUGUUAAAGAAAUUGACACAAAAUCACAAAAUACAACAUUUUCUGGUCCAGAAUUAGGGGGUUUUACAUCUAAUUCUAAUAAAGCAACAGAUGUUUCGAAAAUUAAUAAUGAAAAGGAAAGUGCUUGUCCAGAGAAAUCACUACCUGUUUUUUCUGUAAAUAUGAAUGAAUUCCAGACGUCUCAAGACGCUACAAAAAAUCGAAUUUCAGCUUUUAAACCGGCAGAUACGAUUAUGGAAAUGGAUUCUUCUCCUGAAAAAAAGGAAGUGAAAUUUCAAUCUCAAACUCCUACACUUAAUUUUGCAAUGCCUAUUUCAGAUACAAAGAAUAUCUUCAAAUUUCAGAAAAAUGAAUCAAAUUCAUCAAAUCAAAAAGAUAUACCUAAAGUCCAAGAACCUUUAAAAUUAGAUGAUAAUAGGAAUACUUUAAAAUUAGAUGAUAAUGGGAAUACUUUAAAACACAAAGAAAUAUCUGGCAAUUUUCCUAUAUUAGAAAAUACAAAAACAGACACAAAUUCUUCGCAAAUUCCUUUAGUAAAACCAUCAAUCUCUUCUCCUCAAAAUGUUGAACAGAAAACUUUACCACAAUUUCAUGAUAAUAAUACAAAAGUAUUAUUAGAACCAUCUUUCUCGAUAAGUAAACCUGUGGAAUUUUCAACUUCUCAAAAUACAAAUUUGUUUAAUUCGACUGAAAAUAAACCUCAGACUCUUGCUCCUUUCUCUUUUUUUGGAUCAUUGAAUAGUUUUUCUUCACAAGAAAAACAAACUACUCAAGUAAAUACAACUAAUGAAGAACAGAAAAAUGUUCCCUCUAAUGAUAAACCUGAAUUUAAUUUUACUCAAUUAAAUCAGCCAAAGUCAACAAAUUCAGAAUUAAAUCAGACUUCAACUACAUCUUUCUCACUUGAACAAAAUAAACAGCCUGCACUUUCUACUUUUUCUAUGGCACCAACUCCUGUUUUCUCUUUUGGAUCAUUAGAUCAACCAAAAAAAGAGUUUUCGUUUGAUCAAUCUGCACCAAAUACAUUCUUUUUUCAAAAUACACCAAAUAAUUCUUCUGUUUUUCAAUUCAAAGGAGAUAAAGACAAAACAGCUACUCAUGAAUUUACAUUUAAUUUAAAUAAUACUUCUUCCUCUACUUCAUCUACUCCAUCAGCACCUUUUAUAUUUGGCAGCUCGACGACUGGAUCUUCGAAUCUUCAAACAGUUCCAUCCUUUAAUUUUGGGGCAAAUAAUUACACAUCAGGAAACUUUUCUCAGUUUCAACCUGGUCAACAACAAACACAAACACAAACAACAAAUAUGAAUUUUUCAUUUAAUCAAUUUCAAAACACAAUGUCACAAGAUUCAAAUGCAACUGUCUCAAAUCCUUUUGUAUUUACCUUUGGGACGCCACAAAGUUCUGUACCUGGCAGAAAAAUAGCUGCACCCAAAAGUAGGCUUCGGAGAAGAUAA